AUGGCUGCAACAAAGUCUCAGACUGUCCAGUCUAAGGGCAUUUUCCACGGCCUUCCAACCUAUCCUACAGAUUCCACAGAGAAUGCGGAUCUGACGGCGAUCGUCACUGGGGCCACGGGCAUUUCGGGCUAUCACAUGCUGAAGGUGCUGGCUGCUGCCCCUGAGCGAUGGUCCAAGAUCUAUACUCUGUCGCGACGCCCUCCUUCAGACUACUUCUUCGCCGAUCUAGGCGACGGGGCUGCGCGUGUUGAGCAUGUAGAGGCUGAUUUCCAGGCCGGCCCGGAGGCGCUUGCAGAAAUGCUGAAAGCAAAGAUUGGGAAAGUCGAUCAUGUCUUUUUCUUUUCUUACAUGCAGCCGGCGCAGAAGGGGGAUAUUUUGGGCAUGUGGUCCAACGCCGAAGAGUUGACCAGAGUCAACACCGACUUGUUGGUCAAUUUCCUGGGGGCGCUGAAGCUCUCAGGGUUGAAGCCCAAGAGAUUCCUCCUCCAGACCGGAGCCAAAAAUUACGGAUUCCACAUCGGUCCGGCAACGAGCCCGUCGUUCGAAAGCGAUCCCCGAGUCACGCUCGAGAGCAAUUUCUACUAUCCGCAGGAAGAUCACCUGGCGGAAUAUUGCAGAGAGAACGGGGCUCAGUGGAACGUGGUGCGUCCGUCAUACAUCAUCGGCGCGGUGCGCGACAAUCUGCUGAACCACAUGGUCGGCCUCGGCGUGUACGCAUCGAUCCAAGCACAUCUCAAAGAGCCCGUCGCAUUUCCGGGCGACUACACCGCUUGGGACAGAGAGUACUGUCAAAGCACGGCCCUCCUGAACGCCUAUCUUGAAGAAUGGGCUGUCCUCAACCCCGAGGCCGGGAACGAGGCGUUCAACGCCCAGGACGGACUCCCUUUCACCUGGGGAAGAUUCUGGGCAUACCUGGGAGAUUGGUACGGCACUACCUGGACGCCUCCCGAAACCGACCCCUCCAAAUACAGGGCGUUCGAGUCUCGCUGGGAGGAAACACCACGGGGAUACGGCCCCCGGGGCGUGACCUACUCCACGUUCAGCCUGCUAGAGUGGUCCGAGCGCGUAGACGUCCAGGAGGCGUGGAAGGAGCUCGUCCAGCGGCACGGCCUCCUCCUCGACCCGUUCACGGACGCCGGCAGGAGGGCCCAGAUCUUCGGCAUGAGCGACUCCGCAAUCAUCGGUGGCUGGGCACUCUCGCUCAGCAUGAGGAAAGCUCGCAAAAUGGGCUUCCACGGCACCGUCGAUUCGUAUGAAUCGGCUUUUCACACCCUCCACGAUCUUGCUAGGCUCAAGGUCUUGCCGCCUCCGGCGGCUGCGAGAUAUACGGACUGA